CAGACUCCAAAAACACUCGUGGUUUAUCCUUUGCCUCCGCAACCCCACAUGACAAUGCUUCUCUCUCUGCCUCUAAGUCUCGCCAUAAAUACCAUACAAUCCCUUCAACCUUUUUACUUACCCGACCACCUCUCUCUCACCCCAGCUCUAAGGCCAAAGCCACUCUUCUCUCUUUCAAACUUCACUUUCCGAAGAAAUGGCCAUCAGGAAAUCAAACAGGCUGCCUCAAACAGCAGUUAUCAGGCAGAUCCUCAAGAGGUGCUCAAGCUUGGGAAAGAAACAAGGGUAUCAUGACCAAGAAGGCCUUCCUUUGGACGUCCCAAAGGGUCACUUUGUUGUAUAUGUCGGUGAAAACAGAAGCAGAUACAUUGUGCCCAUCUCUAUCUUGAGUAGUCCCGAGUUUCAGACUUUGCUUCAACAAGCAGAAGAAGAGUUCGGGUUUGAUCAUGAUAUGGGCCUUACCAUUCCUUGUGAAGAAGUUGUUUUCCAGUCCAUUCUGAUCAGAUACUGAGCUAGGAGAAAGCUGCAUCAGGGUUAGGCGAUAUAUGGUUUGUUAAGAGAAAAUUAAGGCAUGACAUACCUAGAGAUGAAGCUGCUUUCCUGCUUCUCUUGCGUAAUUUUCUCUUAUAAAUUUGUAAUUUUUUUUACCUCUUUUGACAGUGACUCUGACUGAUCAAAAAUAACCCACGAAAUAUUAUAAGUAUCUGGGUUUAGGUUUGUAAAAAUCUUGGAGUUCGAGAUUUUCCUCCUAACAGUGGUUUGGGGUUUCUUACCAACCACUAAUAUUGGACCCUGUGGGAGAAGAACUAAUGUAAGGAAAUACAACGGGGUUGCUCCCCUUUUUACUCA